UUUGUGAAUAAUUUUAAUUUCACAAAACGAGAUAUUUAACUUUUAAAGUACCAUUUAGUCUAUUUCUGAAUUUUACAUUUUGACGUUUUAAUAGAAAUAGUAUACUCCAUGGUUGAGGUUGGAAACCAGCAACGCCACUUUGUUUACAAACAGUUUUUCUUUUAUUUUCAUUUUUAAAUUAUUACCUUUUAAAUAUCGCCCUAAUUGUUCAUGAUUCUUAAGACUUGUCAGUAUGCUUAGUAUGAGAAUAACUGUGGCGUAAAUAACUCAGGAAAACUUACUUUUACGUGCAAAAUCGUGAAAUACAGCAGUGAACAAAAAUCUACGUAAUUACGAAUUUUAAAAGUUCUUUUGAAAUGCCGUCCAAAAAUUCGUCGGAUAAAUUGAAACGACCACCAUCGCCUUACAGUGCAUCUAGUUCACCAAGAGUUUCUCCUCAAAAAACAAAGAUGUGGAGGUCUCUUAAUGGUCCAGGUACAAAACAUCAGAAUCAUGUGGUUGCAGAAACUACCAGAGAAAUGUGGCUCAAAUCUUUAAGACUCGGUACAGUGGAAGCAAAAUCUUAUUCAAGAGAUGAAACGUACAAGCGUAAAACAGUUGAGGAAACAUGGGUAUCUUCGUUUAGAAACAACAAUAAUAAAAACAUGAGACAGAACCCUAUAAAAGCGGUGCAUGGUUUGAACGGAACAAAUGAAAACGUCAAUCUUGCUCUUGCAAGCUCCUCAGAAUAUCUGAGGGAACAACUGGGUUUUACGGGGGGAGGCCACAAAAGGAGUGGCAGCUGGGGGUCGCGGCCCCAGGGGUCACGGCCUGGGACACCACGGUACAAGCCACAGGAAGAAAUGUAUGAAGAAAUAAUUCAGUUAAAGAAGACUAUUUCGUCGCAAAAAGGCGAAUAUGACAAUCUAAAAUCGAAAGUUCGAAGAUUAGAAGAAGAAAAUUUAAGAAAGGACAAAUCAAUUGACCAACUACUAGAACACGCUUUGGCUGUCGAAUCUGGAAAAUCGAAACCCGGAGGUGAAAAAGUUGUUCUUGUGACAAUGAAGCAAAAACAGAUGAAGUUGGAGAAGAAGAUGCAGGAAAAGGAGGAUGAACUCCAGGCUUCUAAGGAGAGGAUUAAGACACUAAGGAGCAAAGCAAAGGCUGCAAAAGCUUCAUAUUUAGAUGAGGUAAUGAGGCUUCAGGACGCUUUAAAAAAGGAAAACGCCGAAAAUUUUGAGGCAGAUGAAGAAGGAAUGACGAAAUCGGAAAAAUUGAGCGCUUUACGUCGCUCGGUUGUAAAAUUAACGUCCGAAAACACCCAACUGCAAAAAGACAAUCACUGCUUAAGGCGUGACUUGGAACAAGCAAUAGAUGGCAAUAUGAUUGAUGACGAUUCAGAAGAUAAAAGUGAAAUAAAAUACAGUGCACUAAACAGAAUGGAAUUGGUGACUCUCAUCAAAAAGUUAAAAUCUGGUGAAAAAAUAAAGAUUGAUGAGGAGCAGGAUCGUUUCCAGGAAGAGCAGGAUCGACUUAAGAAAGUUCUCCGGAGGCUCAAAGAGGAGAAGAACGAGCUACGGAAUGAAAACAGCGAGCAAUUACUUAAAAUUGAAAAGCUGGAAGAAUCAAUUGAAAAAACAAAAGAAGAAAAUAACGAUUUGUUGAAACAGUUAAAGUUAAAAUCUACAGAAGAAAACAGACAAGAAAUUUUGCGAAAGAGAAGGUCUGAUGCACGCCGUCAAGAAGCAGCGCAAGCAAUCGAGCGCAAACACCUUGAAAUUAAACGAGAAAAGGCGGCAACUUCAAUACAGAGGCAUUGGAAGAAACAUAGGAAUAGAAUGGAAGAGGAAGAAGAAGAAUCCGUCUCCUUCCUCCAAUCCGCCUUCAGGGGUCAUCUUGCUCGUGAGGACUUCGUGAAGAGCGGAUCCUCCAGACCAACAUCCGCAUCCGGAAGAAGAUCAAGACCUACAACUCCGAGAAGCGUUUCAAGCCUUGGAACAUUGGAAGAGGUGGAGGACUUAGGAGAUGACAGUUUAGAUGAGGAAAACCUCAGUAAUCUACAAGCGGCAAUGCGGGGACAUAUUGCACGUGAAGAUUUUGUGACCCGGGAUAAAAUAAUAAAAGCAAGUUCAAGACCGUCAACUGCUGGAAGUUCGUCAAGUAGAAGAAAAUAUUCUUCUCAACAGUCACAUGACUACACGCUUGACUGAGCGCGUGGGAUUUAUUUUUGUUUCCAAUUUAAUCUUCAUAUGCCUACCUUUAAUAAUAAUGUCAACCUAAAAAUUCAACUGUUACUCGUUUUUUCGCUAAAAUUUAACUAUGUUGUGAAAAAUCGUGCUGUAUAUGAGUACACUGUGCACGGAGCAUUUUAUCCGCUCGACAUAGAGCAUAGGGUGUUUUUUAUGGAUGUUUUUCAUACAUCCAUAUAC